AUGAAAAACGUUGAAAGAAUUACUAUUUUGACAAGAUCUUCAUCAUUAGAUGUUGAAAUUGAUGCACCUCCAAGCUAUCAAGAAGCUGUUUCUUUAACAUCUGAAGAAGUUGCUUCUAGUAAUG